AUGUCGAAGCGCUGCAACGAUGUCCACAACAUCAAACACGUUCCCAAUGGAGGUCUCUGGGCCUGGUUACAAGUCCUCUCCAGUUUCUUCUUAUUCAUGAAUACCUGGGGAAUCAUCAACACGUUCGGAACUUACCAAACAUACUACGAGACCGGCCUUCUCGCCAGCUCCACUCCCAGUGCCAUCUCCUGGAUUGGCUCUCUGCAAGGAACACUGUUGAUGCUAGUGGGAUCUCUGACUGGACCCAUCUAUGACGCAGGCUAUGUUCGUACACUCGUGGCUGUGGGCACAUUUCUCGUAGUCUUCGGAACCAUGAUGCUCUCUCUCUGUACAGAAUACUACCAAGUCAUUCUCUCGCAGGCGGUUUGCAUCGGCAUUGGGACGGGAUGUUUGUUUAUACCUGGUGUGGCGGUGUUGAGCACGUAUUUCAGUACACGUCUCGCCACAGCUGUGGGAAUUGCUGCUGCAGGGUCGAGUAUUGGGGGAGUGAUCUAUCCAGUCGCAUUUUAUCGAUUGCAGCCCGCCAUUGGCUUUCCUUGGGCGGUGCGAGUGCUCGGAUUCAUCUCUUUGGGGACUUUGGGAAUCAGCAAUGCCGUCAUUCGUGUUCGAGUCUUGCCGGCGGGGAGGAGAAAGAUGUUUGAUCUGUCAGCCUGGAAGGAGAUCCCCUACAUCUUCUUCGUGUUCGGGACGUUUAUCGGCUUUUUGGGAUUAUACACUCCCUUCUUCUACAUCCAAUCCUACGCCCUUUCUCUCGGAACCUCUCCCGACCUCGCCUUCUACCUCCUCGCCAUCAUCAACGCGGCCAGCACUUUCGGCCGAGUUCUGCCUAACCUUGUAGCAGACCGGAUCGGGCCCUUCAACGUCAUCAUUCCCUGCACCUUCAUGACCGGAAUCCUCUGUCUCUGUCUCAUCGCAGCCAAGUCCUUUGGAUCGGUAGCUGCCAUUGCCGCUUUAUACGGUUUCUUCUCCGGCACAUUCGUCUCUUUACCCGCGACGAUUUACGUUCACAUCACCAAAAAUCGAGGACUGAUUGGAACGCGAAUGGGCAUGGGUUUUGCGGUCACGAGUAUAGGACUGUUGGUGGGCACGCCGAUCUCGGGGGCCAUCUUGGACGACAGUGGAUAUGCGAGUACUUGGGCCUAUGGUGGUGUGAUGACAGUUGCUGCGGGAGCAUUGAUUUGUGUGUGUAGAGUCAGUAAAGGCGGAUGGGGGUGGAGAAGUGUAGCUUGA